UACAUAAUCGCUUCAACUUGGGCAUAACUCUCACUUCUCAUUGAAGGGCCGAGCGACGAGCACAUAUUCUGAUUCUCGAACGAAAAUUUCGCAAAAAAUAAAAUAAACAAUCCGAAAAUGAAUAACUUUGACCACUCUCGACUCACCGACAGCGAUGUUAGUCCGUGCAAAAUUCGAAAACUGAGCAACUCGUUGUCCAAGAAGCAGGCAGUCACAGAGCUAUUCUCCAGUUUCGUGAAAACGCAUAAUUUUUGUCCCAACCUCGAUGUUCAGAGGAUUCAUAAAAUAAUUGUCGUGAAGUUAGUGGAACGCUUAGAAAGUAAGGAUGCUAAUGAUCGCAAAUUUAUGCAGGGUAUAUUGCGCCGCAUCUAUUUAAAGUGCAUCAACUUGCGUCCAUUUAUUCGCAGUCAGUACAACGAUGUAUUCUUUCGAUUCAUUUUCGAAAAAAAUGACUUUCUUUGCAUCGCAGAAAUUCUGGACACUUACUAUGAUAUAAUCAUGGGAUUUACUCAACCAGUUGAAACCGAACACGAGCAACUGCUCUUUAAGAUACUUUUGCCUUUGCACAAGCCACCAUCGCUACCAGAGUAUUUCAAUCAGCUGAUAAAAUGCGUUAUCGCACUCCUUAUCCAAAAUCCAUCUUUCAUUGAGAAAUAUUUAAAAGGUCUUCUACGUAUCUGGCCGAAGACGUCCAUUACCAAGGUGACUUUCUUUCUAAACGAGAUUGGCAGAAUUCUGCUUAUAAAAGAUGAGCAAGAGGUCAAGAAAGUCCUGCCGAUGGUGUUCAAUCAUAUUUCCAAAUGCCUGUGCAAUGAAAGCACUAAGGUAAGAAUCGACCGAAUUGAACCUACAAAUUGUAUUACUAGUAAUAUUACCUCUCAGAUAUCUGAGUACACUCUUCGUUUGUGGGAAAACUAUAAGGUCUUGAAGGUUAUAGAUCGAAACCACGAGCUCAUCAUACCCAUCGUAUGUCCACACCUAUUACGCAUAUUGAUCCGUCAUUUGGGAACACCAAUGCAAUCGCAUGUCUCCAUUGUUUUAUGUUAUUUACUAAAAAUGAACAACACGCUGUUUAGAAGAAUGACUUCUAUGUGUAUGUGCGUCAAAGAACCGAAGAACGCCAAGAGUUCUAUACUACUUGAGCAUAUUAUAUAAGAACUACACAAUGAUUACAACAGAAACAUUGCAUAUAUGUUUUAUAUGUCAUAUUUCUUAACACUUCAUACUUUACAAUACAACAGAAUUCAAUACUAUAUUCACAAGAUAACAUUAAUUAAGCCGCAUGCCUCAGAACCUUACACAACUUUGAGCACUAUCUACAUAUAUCUGCAAGCGGGCUAAUCAUUUCAAUGCUGAUCAAAUUAAGACGUGCGAUUUGAAACGAUAUUUUGAUAGUGACGGUGAUAUGGAUAUGGAUAUUGAUAUUGAUCCACCUGCGAUCAACAACGUCGACGACCGGCGAAUAUAUAUGAACUCGACUAUGAUUUAUGAUCGCACCGAAAAAAACAAAAAAAAUAACAAAACGAGCAACGCUGGACAACAGGUCACAUUAAAGGAAGCGCGAAAGAGACGGUGCCAAGACGUGCGACAGAGAGGGCCACACAAACAAGUCAAAUGUCAGAGGUUCA